GAAACCGAUAACAUACAAAUCAAAGAUAUAAAAGGAACAGAGUCAUGAGAUGUGCAGCCAGCCACUGGUUUAUGAUAGUGCAGAGAAAACUCUCUGUUAAAAGUUUCUCCAGACUAAAAACUUUGUCUCCUCUCCUUUUCUCAAGAAGAUCAACAUUGUUCUCACAGGGCUAUGGAGGAAGAAGCAGCCAGUAAUAAUCAGAUACUAGAUGAGAAAAUCUACGUUGCAGUUGGGAUAAACGUAUGGAGGAACAUAUCAAACCUCUUGUGGGCAUUGAAAAACUCCCAAGGAAACAGAAUCUGCAUCCUUCAUAUUCACCACCCAUCUCCAACCAUUCCUCUCUUGGGAACCAGAUUUGAAGCUUCAACGGUAGAUGAGGAGUCACUGAGAGCAUACAGAGAAAAAGAAAAGACGAAGAUAGAUAAGAUUCUACAAAAGUACCUGAGUAUUUGUCUUUAUAAAGGGGUUCAGGCAGAGAAGCUGUGUAUAGAGAUGGACUCAAUUGGGAAAGGGAUUGUGGAAACCAUAUACCAACAUAGGAUCAGGAAGCUUGUUAUGGGAGCUGCUGCAGAUAAACACUAUUCCAUGAAAAUGGAGGAUCUUAAGUCCAAGAAAGCCAUCUUUGUUAACCAACAAGCGCCUGCUACUUGUCAGAUACACUUCACUUGCAAAGGAAAGCUUAUCCAUACAAGGGAAGCUAGAGUGGAUGAAGUGAGAGCUCUCUCUGUUCUCCUGUCCGAGUUUCAGCGGCUUGUGUUGCCACAAAUAAGCUCUGGUUCACUUGAAGAGGCAGUAAGUUUGAAUGGAGAAAAUAACAGAUCAUCCAUGGAUAUCAUCAGCUCUGAUACAUCGUCAAACGCGGGAAGAGUUGAGGUAACACUAAGCCAAGAUCAAGAGGAACCAGAUGACUCAUCAUCUUCUCAAGUUUUCCCGUGCAGGGGAAUGCGACUAGACGUGAUAAACUUCCUCAUCAAAUCCACCAUGUUAUGGCAGAAGCUCACAAUACAAAACCAUGAGCAUUCUGAGUGAUGUACAACAACUGAAGAGCUUUUUUUUUCAUGAGUUGCAGAGGAAGAGGAGAGAGAAUGGACUGGAAUGGUUUGUGAGUUGUGCAAUGGCUUACAAAAUGAGAGCUAGCUGUUAUGGCUUACAAAAUGGAACCUCUCAAUUUUCAUUCAUAUGUUAAUUUUUUUUCUUCUGAAAAUGAAUAAGCUUUAACGUUUACAGGAAUUACAUGCUUGAUCUUUGAACA